AUGACAAUACCAAUUUCAGCAUCACCGAUCUUCAUUCCAGAUUACACUAUUAAUAUCCUUAAAGAGAUAUCCGAAGAAUACACUGGUAAUACAUUCUUUAGUGGGUUGAUACUAUUGCCAACAAUACACGAAGGACAGGAGGACCAAUAUGAAAGUUACCACGAAGAUAUCAACGACACAAAUAUUUUGGAGAGAAACUAUAGCUUAAAUAACAUAAGUAGUACAAAGAAGUAUACUAAUGAAUUUUCAACUGUUAUGAAAUUUUUUGAGAAAGUCUUAAAAUCUGAGGAUAACAUUAGAACUACAAUUAGGGAAGUGGAUACUCAAAAGAUGGAAUUUAUUAAGAAUAUAGGAAGUCUUAAGAAGAUAUGUAACCAUUCUUUAGAUAUAUUAAGACAAUCUGAAAGUCAAAUGGAAAUUAUUGAAGAAUAUGUUUACCCAUAUCAACAAUAUAAUGUCCUAGUUCACAAACUACAGAAUGGUAAAUUAUCUAAUAAUAUUUUUGAGAUGAACCAAAACUUCGAAAUUGUUGAUCAUUCGACUAAUUUCUUCCAAGUUAAUAGUGACCUUUUGAAUGCUAAUUAUUAUUUCGAUAACUUUAAGAAAAUCAGACUAAAGUUAUGUUUACACAUAGUGUCUCUUCUUUCAAACACCUUAAAUAGUGCAAAUCAAAAGACAGAUUUUUAUAGAUCACUUGAGACUAAAACAGAAAAUUCUGAAAUUUCCAAUGAUUCUGAUUUAGAGCAUAACAUAAGCAUGGGUGUAAAUGCAUCUAAGAUGCAAAAGAAUGUACGAAAUGAAGAAAAUAUGUUGCUAUAUUAUAUACAACUGAAAAGUAUUGGAAAGACAUUUAAUGAAUACAUUAGUUUACUAGUUAAUAGAUUUAAUGCAACUCACCAGAAUGAAUCAUAUAAAAGUUGUUUGUAUCAACUAGAGACAAUCUAUAUCAAUUAUAGAAUGAAUGAUGAUGUAUUUGGGAUAAUGGCUUUUAAGAAAUAUCGAAUUGAAGAUAGUAUGAGCAGGACAAAACCUAAUUCAAGUUUUAGCCCACAUAUAAAAAAUUUCACAAGGCUUGCAUUGAAUUAUUGUAAGUAUGAGUGGCUGGUAUUCAAUUCUUUUUUUGGAUACGAAGUACAGCAUAAUUCAGUCAACACCAAUGACAAAUGUGCAGAAAGCAACAAAAAUAAAAAUAUCUAUUCAACUACUUUAGCUAUGUCUAGCUACGAUACAUGCAACGAGUUUGAAAUGAAUAGAUUAAGUUUCGCAUCUUUAAUGAGUGGAUUUGGAGCUGAAUACUAUGACAAAUUAAAUUAUUUUAUUCAACAAUUACAUGAUGAUCUAAAAUCACUAAGAGAAUGUAUUCUCUAUCUAUCACGUGAUAUAGCUGGAUUGGCAAGUGAAUUCCACAGUAACUUGCUAAUCCCAGACGCCUACUUAUCUUCAUUUCUAUAUUAUGUAGCUAAAUUACAAAAUUUACUUGUUGAAAAAUUAUUAAGCUCUUUAAACAAUUACGUUCAAGCAAAUAUUGAAGAUUAUGAAAUAAAAGAUGUAGAGUUAAAUUAUCCGAAUAUACUGUUAAAUAACAAAGACAGGGGGAUACAAAGUUAUAUGUAUGGAAAUUCGAUGGGAAUUCAAAGUAGAGUUACGAAAGAUUCAGCAUUUACUGAAUAUAAUACUUGCUUAGAUAAAGCACUAGAGGAAGAAAAUAUUUUUUCAACAUUUGAAAGUGUUAGAAUAUCAAAAUGUGAGGAUAAUGAAAUACUAACUCAUGUCUCUUUUCCACCAAAUACAAUUAGAUUGCAAACAAACAGUGAUUCCGGCGAUACUGCUGAAGAUGAAUAUUCUGAAAAAAGUCAUCUUGAACAAAAUUUAACUUAUAAAGUUUCUUAUGUAAAGGAUAAUGGGAAAAAUAAUCAAAUUGAAAGUAAUUUACCCGGUCAACAAGGCCAAGUGAAUAUUGAUAAUAAUGUAAUUUGUCUAAAAAAUUAUUGUUAUGGGGUUGUCAAUAACUCAUUUAUUGCACUUUCGUAUAUAUACAAUGUUACUCCCUAUCCUAUAUACACUCACAUCAGUAGCUUAAUUGUUGAGAAGUGCUGCAAUAAGCUUAUUCAAGCUCAUCAUUACAUUGCAAAUAAGUAUCAGCACAACAAAAUUGAUAAAUUAUAUCAUGGCCACUUAUUUAUAAUAAGAAAUUUGCUUUAUUUAAUGUCUAAGUUGAUUUUUAUUGAUCGACAGGAUUUAAAUCAAUAUAAUUUAUUGCACUGCAAUUUUAAAUAUUCCAAUAAUGCGAUUUUAAGUAGUUCAGAUACACGCAGAACAUCCCUAGAUGGGUCAGAAACAAAUAGUAAUUCCAAAUAUACAUAUAAAUAUAAAAGCACAACUUAUGAUGCCCUAAAAAUUACUGAUACAAUUUUGAAUCGUUAUAUUGAUGAACUAAUUAAUGGAAUCUGCUCAUUUAUAUGCUUGCCACUUACGAAGAUUGUUUUGCAAGUACACCCAGAAAUACAACAGGAUGAUAUUAAAGAGUUACAAUGCACAGAUAUAACCUAUAUCAAAGAUUCAAUUGCAAAUUUCUGGGACAAUUUAAAAGUACAUAUAAAUUCUUAUAUCUUAGUAUAUCUCGAUCUUUAUUUAACAAUUGACUUUUCUUCACCUGAAUCAAGCAUAGAUGAUCCUCAAGUACUUGAAGAUUUGGUAGGAAAAAGUCAACAUAUUCACAACACUAAUCUAUCUGAUAUUCUAGACAAAGACCUACUUUCAUUAGAUCAACUUUUUAAAUCACAAUCAAUAUCCAAUUCAAUAUAUUCAUCUAUUAAAAAUAUAAUUAUUGAAAGUGUUCUUUUCGAAUUUGAUCAUAUACUUUCUUCAAGAAUAGGUUUACCAAAAGAAGUGAUUGAGAGAGAACUUGGUUGGGAUUUAGACCAAAUUCUCGGAUUUUUGAAAGAUGUUGAUUUAGAAAUGAAUAGAACUAGAUAG